AGCCUCCUCCUCCUCCUCCUCCUUCUCUCUCUCUCAAACAUAUCAUUUAGCUAUAUAGCUUUCUCUUAUCUCCAUCAAGCAACUUAAAAAAAAAAAAGAACGAAGGCUCCACUAGAUCCAAUCCAAAACUAGCCAGCAAUUCUAAUAGCCAUGAGAAAGCCUGAUCUAAUGGGGAAAGAGAGAGUGAACAAUAACAAGGCUAAGCUUAGAAAAGGGCUAUGGUCCCCUGAGGAAGAUGAGAAGCUCAUCAAGUAUAUGUUAACUAAUGGACAAGGUUGCUGGAGUGAUAUUGCUAGAAAUGCUGGCUUGCAGAGAUGUGGAAAAAGUUGUCGUCUUCGUUGGAUUAAUUAUUUGAGACCUGACCUCAAAAGGGGUGCUUUUUCUCCUCAAGAAGAAGAACUUAUCAUCCAUUUGCACUCCAUUCUUGGCAACAGGUGGUCUCAAAUUGCGGCUCGUCUUCCUGGAAGGACAGACAACGAAAUAAAGAAUUUUUGGAACUCAGCCUUGAAGAAAAGACUCAAGAUUAUUGGUAAUAACAAUAAUAACAAUCCUUCCACAACUUCACCAAAUGAAAGUGAUUCUUCAGAGCCUAGAGAUCAUGUCGUAGGAAAUGGUAUGUCCAUGCAUCAUGAUCAUGAUCUUAUGACAAUGUGUAUCGACUCAUCUUCUUCUUCAUCAGCAUCCAUCCAAGCCAUGGUCGCCGGCAACGCCAACGGCAACCAAUUUGAUCCUUUCUCUAUCCUUAACAAUAACCGGUUCGAGGGGACGGCGGCAGCUGGCCUAUUCGACAUGCCGACAUGCUUAACUCAGGUUGGUAUGGGAGGAGAUGGAUUUUAUGGUGAUUAUGGGAUUUUAGAGAGUCAUCAUAACAAAGUUGGGUUAGAAAGAGACCUUUGUCUUCCUCCACUGGAGAGUAGUAGAAGUCUUGAAGAGGAAAAUAAUAAUAACAACAAUACUAAUACUAAUAAUGUUGUAACUAAUCACAGCAUUAUUAGCAUGAAAAGCAAUAUCAACCACAACAAUAACAUCAACAACCACUUGAUCAAUAAUAAUUCUUGCUUCAAUAACACUGAUCAUCAUCAACUUCAAAGCCUAAAAGUGGAGGACAUGUUUGGGUUUGAGAAUCAUUGGCAAGGAGAAAACUUAAGAAUGGGAGAAUGGGAUUUGGAGGGUUUGAUGGAAAACAUUUCUUCCUUUCCUUUCCUUGAUUUCCAAGUUGAAUAAACUGGCCACCCUCUGAACUCUCUCUCUCUCUUUCUCAAGAAUGUCCUAGGAAAUUUUAUUUGGGCAUACAUUAUUUUUUUCAACUCAGUUGCAAGCACUACUGCAUUCUUCUUCUUGAUCUCUGAAACCUUUCUUUUUCUUCAAGCCAUAUAAGUUUAUCUUUUUCAGUUCUACAUACAUAUACUAUUUGUAUCUGUUGUUGUUGGAGUCUGCAAUAAAUAUUUGUAAGUGGAGAUUAUAAACAAGUAGGGUGGUAGAGAGAUUCUUUAAGUUUCUUUGUGAGAUGGAGGCAAGACUUUUUCUUGGAACUGAUUGGUGCAAUAAUCAUCGUUCCUAUGAAGAGAAAUGUGAAUAGUAUAGAAGAGAAAGUGGACAAGGAAAUAAACAAGAUUAGUUAAAUUUCAUGUACAAACAAGGAAAUAAUGAGGAUGUUCAUGUUGUUCUUAGUUGGAAGAUGACAAUAUAAAAUUCAUACUUUGUAAACAUAAUUCGUUAAUAAGAAAUUUCAUGCAAUUUCUCUCUCUCU